AUGUCUGCUUCCACCUUCCACACCACCCGCCAGGAGCUCCGCAAGGAUGAGUCGCGCGUUUCCAAGCAGCACGGCGGCCAGACCCCUGCCGAUUCCGAUGUUUCCAUUAUGAAGUCCAUCGUCGACCAGAACACCAACAAGCCUGAGCAGAUCGAAAAGACCAAGGCCAACCUGCCUUUGCCCGAGGACCCUCCCGUGGCCAGUGACUGGAACUCCGCCGACCAGCGUACCGUCAAUGUCGGCAGCGGUCGUCUCGAGGAGCCCAUCUCCGGUGACAACGAUAGCGCCCUGCGCGGCCCCGCCACUGCUUCCAGCAGCGCUCGUGUGAACGGCGAAGAAUUGCAUGUCCCCACCGCUCCUUCCGGUAACGUUGGCCGCCAGGGCAAGGAGGGUCUCGAUCACCUUCCCUCUGAUGCCAAAUCUCGAUAA